AUGUUGAUUGAAACAUUUUUCCGUGUUAAACGUGAUGAAUCGGAAGAUAUUAGUGCACAUGUGGCCAAACUGCAAAAGUUAUUUGUGGACCUGAACGAUGAAUUAUCAAAUCAUGAAGAAAAUACGCUAUCUGAAAGAAUCUUAAAUGGUCGAAUUUUGUCUACACUGGGAAAAGACUACGACAAUUUUAAGGAUCUCUGGGAUACGAUACCGACAGAAAAGCAAAGCUUGAAUUUAUUGAUUGAAAAACUCUGUACUAUUGAACUGCGUGAACAAGGCGUUAAUGGAAGUGCAGCUUUUGUCAUUUCUAAAACAAGAAAACGGCAAACAAGUAAUCAACAAGUAAAGAUGACGAAGUCACAAUUAAAACAGAAGUUUCCGUGUAAUAAAUGCAAACAAUUAGGUCACUGGGCAGCAGAGUGUCCACAGAACACUCGUGACAGCAAUAAAAGAAAAGAGAAGAAGCGAGACAGUGAACACGCUGCAUUUACUUCAUACGCUAUGGGUGUGUGUACCAGUAAUCACAGUGACCCAAAUAAAUAG